CUAACAUUCUGUUACAAAUUUUGUUCCUUUAAACAGACAAGGAAGAGAAGAAAUAACGGCCGUGCCAAGAAGGGCCGAGGACAUGUCCAGCCUAUACGCUGUACCAACUGUGCCCGUUGCGUCCCCAAGGACAAAGCUAUUAAGAAGUUUGUCAUCCGAAAUAUUGUAGAAGCAGCUGCAGUCCGAGAUAUCUCUGAAGCAAGUGUCUUUGACUCCUAUGUGUUACCCAAGCUCUAUGUGAAGCUUCACUAUUGUGUUAGCUGUGCUAUCCACAGCAAGGUGGUGAGGAACCGAUCCCGUGAGGCCCGAAAGGACCGCACUCCUCCUCCCCGGUUCAGGCCAGCAGGUGCUGCACCGAGACCACCCCCUAAGCCUAUGUAAGGAGAUGGAUUUAAAAGAUGUCACUUCCAAAUAUUGAUUCAAUAAAUACAUUUACAAGUGA